CCGCCGAUAAACCCCACCGUAGAAGUUCAUCUCUAGCUUGUUUGUGCCUCUAUUCUUUAUUCUGAAUGGUUGUUUUAUAGUUACAGUUUUCAACCGACGAGCCGUUGAAGAUGAACUCCACUGUAUUGCUAUUAUUGACAAUGUUCGUUGUAUUAGGCAAAGUUGUUGGAGACAGAAGACUGACAUUUGUAACUGUGCUUUACCGUCAUGGUGACCGAUCACCUGUCAAAGCCUACCCUACUGAUCGCUACCAGGAGAGCUCUUGGCCUCAGGGCUUUGGACAGCUCUCACAGGAAGGAAUGAGGCAGCACUUUGAGCUGGGACAAGCGCUGCGGAAACGCUAUCAGGGUUUUCUCAAUGAUACCUAUGACCGACGUGAGAUUGCUGUGAGAAGCACAGACUAUGACCGGACCUUGAUGAGUGCAGAGGCCAACUUGGCUGGAUUGUACCCUCCCAAUGGAUCACAGGUCUUCAACCCAAUACUGGAGUGGCAGCCUAUUCCUGUUCACACUGUACCCCAGUCUGAGGAGAGGCUUUUGUCGUUUCCCAUUCCGGGUUGCCCUCGUUAUAAAAUCCUCAUGAAUGAGACGGAACACUCAGAAAAGUACCUCAACGUGACAUUUCUAUACAAAGACUUAAUAACGAUGAUACAGGAGAGAACUGGUCUGAAGAACACAAACAUUGAGACUGUUUGGAGUGUCUAUGACACCCUGUUCUGUGAGGCAAGGCACAACAUGACCGCUCCUGACUGGGUGACCCCUAACAUCAUGGAUGAUCUGAGAAAACUCAAGGACUUUGGCUUUGAAAUCAUGUUUGAGGUCUACAAGCAUCAGGAGAAAAGCCGGCUCCAAGGAGGUGUCCUAUUGGGUAGCAUUGUAAAUAACAUCUCAGAGUCUGCACUUCCCGACUCUAAUCGCCGUCUGAAGAUGAUGAUGCUCUCUGCGCAUGACACCACCAUUGUGGCUUUGCAGUCGAGUUUGAGUAUCUUCAAUGGAAAGCAGCCACCCUAUGCCUCCUGCCACAUAUUUGAACUCUAUCAGGAAGACAACGGAUCAUUCACAGUGGCCAUGUUUUACCGCAAUGACACCAGAAGAGCGCCUUACCAACUGGCUGUACCAAGCUGUGACCUCUUCUGCCCCCUGGAGGACUUUGUGCGCCUCACCAAACCAUCCAUCCCAGAGGAUUGGGGCAAGGAGUGCAUGGUGGAGUCUCCGAGAAAGGAUAAAGAGGUGGUCAUCGGACUAGCAGUUUGUGGCUGUUUGCUCUUCCUCUUUAUCGUCCUCCUGCUCGCUGUGCUUUGUCGGCAACGUGAUCCCUCCAACGGAUACAGUCAGAUUCACACUGAGAUUGAGUCUUGACAAAUGUUCAAACUCCACCAUAGGCAGGAUUCAUGGGAUAGUGAAGAUGUUUGAAUGCCUCAGUUCUGCCCUCUGGUGGGGAUGCAGGAGAAGGGAACACUGGACUGCUUUUCGUGCAACUUUUAUUUUUUAAAUAUUUCCUUCAAAGUGGACUGUGGCCUUUUUUCCAAUAAUGCACAGAAACUUACUUGAGAGGACAAAGAUUAUCUAGUCCUCUAGUCAUCUGUUGUCAUGGUAAGUAUUCCUAAGCUUGUAAAUGAAGUCGGCUACUGGAUUUGGACAACUGCCUUUUUUAAUGUUUUCAAAUACUACUUGUACUCAUUUUACUCACGGGUCCAAGUCACCUAUCCAGCGUUCUUACAAAAUGUGGACCACUGGAUGCUUGAUUCUCCCCUUGAAGAAUAAUGAUCAUUGUGACACUGAACCCGAUGACUGCUUUUGCUUCAUUCUCUCCAAAGAACAGAUUUUGUCCAACUCUGUACUGAGCAUUCUUCUAGCAAGUAAUUUUAUAAAGAAUGCUAUUUAUUUCCCCUGGUGGUGACUGUCAUGGUACUUGGAGAAGCCUUCACAUCACGGUACUCUUGGUGAAGGCUUUGCUCUAUAUGUCAGAGGAACCUACUAACAAGCCUGUCAUGCUUUGUGCCUUGGGCUGUUAGAUUCCAUUUAAGGCACAGCAAUUCAUUUAUUUGCUGAAAGUGCUACAUGUAUCUGUCACUGCCCUCGUUCUGCUCUUUUAAAACUGCCUCUGAGGUUGUUUAGUUUAAGCACAAGUGAUUACUUUUUAAUCUGCAUCAGUUUUUUCACCCCCCCCCCCCCCCCCAAAAGAAAAAGUUAAAAUAAAUAACUACAUUGUAAUUAUUACAGUAAUAUACCUUUCUGAAUUAGAGUGCAGAGUUCAAACUGAGGAGGCUCUCCCAUCAAACAAGUCAGAGUAUUUCAAGCAGCUGCCAGCUGUAAUUAGUGCUGAGCGAUUAUUGCUUUUUGAGGUCGUUUUGGUUGUAUUUUUUUUAAACCUUAAAUGCCUUGUGGGUUGAAUGCUGUAACGCUAAAUAAACAAUUAAUUAAAGUCCAAUGUUUGUAGUGACUGCUUAUAACUUAUUAGACAUUUAUUUACAUGACUUUACUAUAAAAUAUUUCAGUUUUAUAUUACAUUAGGUUUUAUUUGACUAUUUAAUUCUGUCAUCUCAGCUCUAUACAAAAUAAAACAAAGUCCAAAAUGUUGGUAGGGACUGUAGAUUACUGCUUAUCACUUAUUAACCAUCAUGCAUUCUAUAAUGAUACUAUAGUAAAAUAUUUCAAUUCUGUAUAUUUUAUUUGACUUUCUUUUCUAUAGAGCUGCUGCCUGUGCUGUCUGACAAUCACUUUUAGUAGUUAAGUAAAUAAGGUAUACUUUUAUGACUGAAUACCAACUAUUAAUCACAGAUCUAUUUUCAUGUAGAGUUACCUUGAAGCAACUGCUCGCUAUCCCUCUCGAGAGCCCAUUCUUCUGUCUUCUCUCUCUCUCCAUGUCUUCCCCACACUAACCUAAUGCAGCUGGUGUAAAAGAAACACAGACCAGAGAAGUUGGCUUUAUCACCCGAGAAACGGCGCAAUGUGCAUGUUGAGCUCAGGGGGAAAAAGCACAAUUGAACCGAGAUCAAUUAGUUAAAUAAUAACCGACAUGUCGGUCAUCCCAUUGUGUUUAUGGGCAAUUACUAAUUAUAAUGGUGCCUAUUGUUGAACCAGAUGUCUGGUUAAAGUUUAUCCAACUGAUUUUUGCAUACAUCAUGGGGUCCAAAUCAUGUCUCAAUUUUAACACAUCAUUGCAGUCAUCAUUUAUGUGUAUUGACAGACUGGAGAGUGAUUCUGAUCUGUAAUAUGUUGUGCGAACAGUCAUAAAUAAUUGGUUUCACCAUAGUGCUUGAAUUAUUGCAACAAUACUUUGAGAUUGUUUGCCUUUACGCAUGCAAUGCUGUUUAACAUGAAUGAUUUUAUGUCCUGAUAUGCUGGAAAUGAGUUAUAAAGCAUUUUAUGAGCUUGGA